AUGGGUAGUUUCGGAACUGCAGUUGCAUCACUGUUAGACACUUAUACCAAAUGUCUAUCUCUCCUCAAGGGUGCCCGUAACAGUGAAGCAGGGGUGUCGAGUGAAACUCGUUCAACACUGAGUACCUCGCUUCGAUCUGACCGAGCAAGAGUUCGUCGAGCAUAUACUUCGCGGCUCUCCCAAGAUGGCUCUCGAUUCGAAAAGGGCGACACUCCUGCGCGAUCGGCCCUCAGACGCAUUGUGAAGAAGCUCACCACCGCCCUGGCUGAGGUUGUCCGUUCAUCUUACGGACGGAAAGGACAGGCGAUCAACUACGAAACUCUUGCUGCUCUGUCGAAUGGCUCGAGUUCAGAUGCCAUUCGCACCAUGAGUGAUUUGUCAAGCAGGGUAGGAUCAACAACAAGCACCGUGAGUAGGGGAAGACAGAGAUCGCGCCGACACAGUCAUAAACCUGCGACAAAAUCUGAGAGACAUUCGCAAGGAAGGUCUAAGAAGAGGGAUAAGACAAGGAGCUCGAAGCCCGCAAGUCACCGGGGACGACCGUCUGUCGAUCGACAUCAUCGACAAGAUCGCAAGGACCGGCACUCGCCAGAGAUAUUAGCAACUCAUCGAAUCUCCAUACUGACUACUUCAUCAGACUCCACCAAGCUAGGAGAGAUCAGACACCGCCUAUCGAAGCAAAGGCCAAUUGAGGAAUUCGAGAACAAGGUUGCUUAUCCAUUGUAUGCAUACCACACCGAAGAGGUACCCGUUCGCAAGAAGUGGUGGAACCCUUUCAGACGUCGAUAG